AUGAAAUGGGAGACCCUGCUCAGUGGGCUUCUCAUCGGGGUCGCUUCUGCCAAUGACUAUGGGACUUUUCAAGAACCCGCCAACAAUGCACGCUUGAAAUUUCGAUACUGGUUGCCGGAUGCGAGUGUUGAUAUCGCUACAGUGCAGCGCGAUAUCAAGGCUGCUGGCGCGCUGGGUGCAGGUGCAGUGGAGUUUGUGCCACUAUACAACUAUGGCGCUUCCCUGGCAGCACCACCAAAAGGGGCUGAUUGGGCAACUUACGGGUUUGGAACCCCAGCUUUCAACAAAGUGUUCAAAGCUUCACUCCAAGCUUGCAAGGAGGCAGGAAUGCGGAUGGACUUUGCCUUGGGCCCAAGUGCGGCACAAGGCGUGCCAUCCGAGGCCACUGAUGCGGGAUUACACUGGGAUUUGACAUAUUUCAACAUUAGCCUACCAUCUAAUGGUAGCUACACAGGACGUAUCCCGGGAUGGGGCUUUGGGGAGCUCGUUGCCUUGGUCUCGGCGAGGUCAACAUCAUCGUCGACCGUCACAAACCCAGCCAGCAGUUUGUUUUCAACGCCUGCAAACAAGGCGACCCGCUUGAUCAUUGACAGCGACUCCCUUAUCGAUCACACGGACAAAGUAAAGCUCGAUGGAACAGUGUCCUUGUCGCUGACCAACGGGUCGAGUCACGGUAGUCACCAUUUGUUUGCCUACUACCAGUAUCAAGAUUUGGUCAAGAACUUGGACAUCGAAACCAAUACUACCGGGACCAUUUUUGAUAACGGGUCUUACACUGUUGAUCAUUUCAGCCCCCGAGGUGCUGAAACCGUCAAAAACUUCUGGGAGACUCAUAUACUCAACGAUACCGAGAUUAUUUCCCUCCUGAAUGACGUGGGAACAUAUGGCUGGGAGGAUAGCCUGGAGAUAAAAUCAAAUAUCUCGUGGUCGCCUUCGAUCCCAGAGCGGUUUGAGAAGAUGAACGGAUAUGGACUGCGGAAAUACUUGCCUCUUCUUCAAUACGGAAACAACAAUCCCGGCGUACAGCCAUCAUAUCCCGGGAAACUGAAAUGUGUUGCAAAUGAUGAUCACCGAGGAGAGGGAUUCGUCAAUGACUUCCGCGCCACUUUAGCUGCAGGCUACGGUGAAUACCUCGAUACAUUGACAUCUUGGCUGCAAGGCCUUGGGCUAGGCUACUCCGCACAGGUCUCGUAUAAUCUGCCAAUGGAUAUGCAGACUAACAUUGACCGAGUUGAUGCCCCGGAGUGUGAAAGUCUGGCUUUCAAUGAUAACAUUGACGGCUACCGCCAAUUCUCCGGAGCCGCCAAUGUGGCCCAGAAGCCCGUGAUUUCGAACGAGAUGGGCGCCGACCUCCAAAAGGCCCUUGCUCUCCCACUAUCGGAAAUAUUGGGUCAGAUCAAUAUUGCCUUCGCUGGUGGCGUUAACCAAAUCGUGCUUCAUGGCCAAACAUUCACAGGUGAUUAUUUCGAAACCACAUGGCCUGGAUAUCUCAGCUUCUUCCUCCUCUUUUCAGAGUCAUACAUGGACAAGCAGCCAGCUUGGGAGUUAGGAAUGCCAGAUAUGAUCAACUACGUCAACCGAAAUCAGUUUGUUCUUCACACCGGUCAACCACGCACCGACGUGGCCUUUUUCAACAAGGUGUCAUACACCGAUCCUCAGCUUAACAGCCUUUACAAGGAGGAUGAUUUGAUCGACAACGGCUUUACAUAUACUUAUUUGAACCCAGCCAACCUGAAUCUCUCUCAAGCAUAUGUCUCUGAUGGGAUACUCGCCCCAGAAGCACCUGCCUAUCAAGCUCUGGUGGUGACUGCACAGGAAAAUGUGACGCUUGAGGCAGUCUCGAAAAUUCAAAACUUCGCAAAUACCGGCCUACCAGUUAUCCUCAGUGCAGGGCUACCGGGAUACUAUCCAACUGGAAAUGCGUCCGAUAAAGAUGCGGUCGCUGCUGCUUUGCGAAAUCUGAGGAACUCCGAGAAUGUGCACACAGCCUCCCGUGGAAAGCUCGCCUCAAAGCUCAAAGCGCUAGGAAUUCGCCCUCGAGUUGAGGUAUCCACCUCCAGCAACGCCAACUGGUACCCUGUGUUGCGCACCGAAGACUCCAACGACUAUGUCUUCGUUUUUAGCAAAGGGAGUGCAGGCCAAGGCCACCUUACGGUAAACUCCACAAAAACGCCAUAUGCUCUAAACAGUUGGACCGGAGAGCGAACCGCGCUGCUCAAUUACCAAGUACAUGAUGGGUAUACAUCCAUUCCUGUGACGCUGGCUCAGAAUCAGACUAUUGCUUUUGCUUUCUCUGAUGAUUGGGAAGCAGAAGUUCCCACGCCCGCUUCACAUGCAGUCCAUGUUUCCCCAGAGGUGGUCGGAUACAAUUUCACAACGCAGAAGGAACUGGUAGUGCAUGUAGCUACUGGUGCAGGCCAUGCUAACCAAAGCUUGAAGCUUUCUAGCGGCAAGACACACGCAAUCCCAGCCAACAGAGAGGUUUCCUCCUUCAACUUGCAGGACUGGACCCUGGUAGCGGAACAUUGGGAAGCCCCACAGAAUAUGUCAGAUGCCACGGUGAUAGCCGACAAGCGCAAUACGACACACCACCUGACUUCUCUGGAAUCAUGGCUAGACAUUCCCGGCCUCCGCAAUGCAUCAGGCGUGGGAUAUUACUUCACCAGUCUCUCCUGGCCACCGACAUCUGCCAACACUACCAAGUCAGUUAACGGGGCAUAUCUGUCAUUCCCUCAAAUCUCGCAUGGCUUGAAGCUUUUCGUGAAUGGUCAGGCAAUCCAUGCACUGGACUUCGCACAUCCCAUGGUUGAUAUCGGUCCAUUCUUGCACAACGGCUCUAAUCAAAUCACUGCUGUCGUUCCGACCUUGAUGUGGAAUUACAUUCGAAGCAUCUAUGACGAGCUCGAGAUCUCGGGCUCAAAGCCAUUGCUGACAGCUUUGCCUGGCAACGUGGAUACUGGCUUAAUCGGCAAUGUCAAGGUCGUCCCUUACACUUCUCAUCGUAUCUCAGUGUGA